AUGGUAUCCUUUGAUGUCGUUUCGCUCUUCACCUCCAUUCCACAGCAACUAGCGAUAGACGUUGUGGACCAACUACUGGCAGAGCGCUAUGAGGAGAGGGACAAGCCCCUGAAGUCUGAACAUCUGCUCGAGCUUCUGCGAUACUGCCUCAAGACCUAUUUCACCUUUGGUGGACAAAUGUACGAACAAAUAAAAGGCACUCCUAUGGGUUCCCCUCUAUCAGGCCUAAUCGCUGAAGUAGUUCUCCAACGGAUAGAACACUUGGUGUUCGCUAAGUAUCAACCAAAGUUCUGGGCUCGCUAUGUCGAUGACACCUUCGUCGUUGUCAAAACAACUGACAUUGAGCACCUAAAGGAACUACUGAACUCGGUCGACCCAAAUAUCCAAUUUACGAUGGAAGCAGAAACGAACAACCAACUGCCAUUCCUGGACGUGCUUGUGCGCCGGAGUACAACUGGACAACUGCAAACCGCAGUAUUCCGGAAAUCCACCGCCACGAGACAGAUCCUACACUUCAACAGCAACCAUCCUCUGUCUCACAAACGUAGCUGUGUCCGCACUCUAUUCCAAAGAGUCGAAACACAUUGCAGCACGCCAGAAGAUAAAAGAGCCGAACGAAUGUAUCUUCAGAACCUAUUUGCAGCCAAUGGAUACCCCAGACAUUUUAUCGAGAGAAGCAGACGUCGGGUGCACAGACGACGGCCAAGUGAGCAGCAACCUGAAGUAUGGAGGGCCAUUCCCUACGUUAAAGGGGUCUCUGAGGCGGUUUCUCGACUGUUACAACCGGCCAGAGUAGGCAUAGCCCACCGACCACAGGCAACAAUUCGACGCCGUCUGAUGCAACCUAAGGACCCUUUGUCACCCGCCGAAACCUCUGCAGUUAUCUACAAAAUAAAUUGCAAAGAGGGCGACUGCAACUAUGUAGUAGAAACCGGGCGGAAAUUGCAGACUCGCCUACAAGAGCACAAAUCAGCUACUCGGAGGUUGGACCCAAAUUCUCAAUUAGCAGCACACGAUGGAGAAACUGGGCAUACUUUCGAUCUCAAGCGAGCUACCAUCUUAGGCCGGGGCAACACAAAAGCAGAACGGCUAACUUUUGAGGCGUGGUUCUCCGAUGCCCACUCCACAAACAGGCAUCUGGACCUUCCUGCAGCCUACAAAGUCCUACGUCAUCACAAUCGUAGAGCUCAGGACCAAACAACCACACCGGGCUUAAGGAGGCCAUACGGAGACAGCCCGACGGCGAGUUUACUCGGUGAAGAAGAAGAAGAACCGCCAGACCGCCCUCCCGACAGUAGUUCAGUCACCUCCCCCCCGGCGGAAUGGGGACUCACAAUGCACGCAGACAAAUCACCAGUCAACCAUCCCCUGAUAGGCCGCGACAGCGAGAGGAGAGAGAGAGAAAAAAAUCGACCAGCAGGAGGCCGUCCAACGUGA